AUGCCAGCCCUAUAUGCAGCGCUAGCUCAAAGCGCGGUGGAAACGGCCCCGCACCAACUGGCCCGGCGUGGCUUGACUGUCAACCACACCCAAGCCGUCACCUUGGGGGUGAUGGCAGCGUAUGUAGUAGUCAUCGCACUACUAUGGAACUUACCAUAUGUCCGCUGGAUGCUGGUGAUUGCCUUCCAUGAAUUCGGCCAUGCUAUUACUGCCUGCUGUACCGGCGGAAAAGUCAAAUCUAUCUCGCUAGAUCCGCAUGAGGGUGGUGUCACUCAUAUGCAGGGUGGUAUGAGUGCCAUCACCCUGCCUGCUGGGUACCUGGGGUCAUCGAUCAUCGGCGCUCUAUUGAUCUUCGCUGGCUUUAAUAUUGUCGCCAGCAAGGUUGCCAGUAUUAUCCUCGGCGUCUGCUUUCUACUUACCCUUUGGUGGGCACGGAGAGACUGGUUGACUAUUGUGACUGUUCUUCUUGCGGUCGGGUUAUUGGUGGGAUGCUGGUUCAUUGCCCAUGGUGAAGCCUUGCGCUGGGUCGUGCUGUUCAUUGGUGUUAUGUCUGCUUUGUACAGUGUCUGGGAUAUUUGCGAUGAUCUCAUCCUUCGCAAAGUAAACAGUUCUGAUGCCAGCGUCUUUGCCAAGAGGUACGGUGGAUCUUCCCAGUGUUGGGGAGUCAUCUGGUCUCUCAUCUCUCUUGCUUUUAUGGCUAUUGGCAUCGUUGGUGGGAUCGCAGCAUUCCCUCAGUCAUUCAGCCAGCAAGAGUCUGAUUCUAAGAACUUUAUCUCGACUCGCUAG